AUGACUACAGACGAAUCGGGCUCACUUGAUACUCGCAGCGGGGGCAAGAGUCAUGCAAGCGAGAAGACCGACGACGACCAGCACGAUGCCCCCCAAAGCACGACGCGGCCGACCGCAACGGCCGACGACCUUCCCGGGUGGAAGGUCUUCGUCAUCUGGCUGGCGGUGGCCCUCGGCGUGCUCUGCACCUUUCUCGACGAGGGCAUCAUCGCGACCGCCAUCCCGCGGAUCACAGAUGACUUUGGCUCUCUGGCAGACGUCGGUUGGUACGGCUCCGCCUAUCAAAUGACGCUCUGCGCCUUUCAGCUCGUAUUCGGCCGGCUCUACAACCAAUUCGACAUCAAGAUCGUCUUCCUCGUCUCCCUCGCCGUGUUCGAGAUUGGAUCCCUCGUCUGCGCGACGAGCCCGAGCUCGGCGGCCUUCAUCGCGGGCCGCGCCGUCUCGGGCCUCGGCGCCUCCGGGCUCCAGAGCGGCUGUCUCGUGCUCAUCUCGGCGGCGCUGCCGGCCAAGAAGCUGCCGACCUACGUGGGCGCCAUCGGCAUGGUGUACGGCGUGGCCGCCGUUCUCGGUCCUGUCAUCGGCGGCGUCAUCACGAACAGCUACCUCACGUGGCGAUGGUGCUUUUACAUCAACCUUCCGAUAGCUGCACCGCCAGCGGUGGCGACUUUGUUCCUGAUCCAGUCGCCCCCGCCAACGGAGGAGCAGCGGCGGCCCUGGCUGCGAAAGAUCCGGGGUCUGGACUAUCUCGGCAUGGCUCUCCUGCUGCCGGGCAUCACAUCUCUUCUGCUCGCGCUCCAAUUCGGCGGCGCGCUGUUUGCGUGGAACGACAAGAGAACAGUCGCGUGCUUCGUCGUCGCCGGGGUCCUCGUCGCGGGGUUCGUCGUCGAGCAGUGGUGGAUGGGUGAGGAUGCCCUGGUGCCUCCGCGCCUGGCCAAGAUGCGUGUGGUGAUGUUCGGGGCUCUCUUCGGAUUCUGCCUGGACAGCGCCUUCUUCACGCUGGUCUACUAUGUGCCUCUCUGGUUCCAAGCCAUCCAGGGUGCAACGCCCGAGCAGUCCGGUGUUAGAUACCUGGCGCUGUGUCUUGCGUUCAUCUUCGCCAUCUUCCUCAGCGGCUGGGGAGUCACCAAGACCGGUUACUACCAGCCCUUCAUGCUGGCCGGAACGGUCCUCCUGUCCGUGGGCUCUGGCCUGCUCUCGACCCUCCAGGUCACCUCGGGCGCGGACCGGUGGAUCCCGUUCCAGGUCGUGGCGGGCCUGGGGAUCGGUGUGUCGACGCAGCAGGCCGCCGUCGCGGUGCAGAGCAGUCUGGGGGAGGCCGACGUCGCCAUCGGCGUGGCAGUCGUCCUGUUCUUCCAGUGCCUGGGACCGACGACCGCCAUCACCAUCGCCCAGGCCGUCUUUGCGAGCGAGCUGACGUCGGGCGUCGCUUCCGGGCUGCCGGGGGUGGACGCCAGGGUUAUCGGAAACUCGGGGGCCACGCAGCUGAAGCACUUGGUGCCGCCCGAGCAGUUCGGGGCCCUUUUGCAGAUCUACAACCACUCUAUCACGAGAACCUACCUUGUCGCGGCUGCCCUGGCGGCUGCUAGCAUCAUUGGCGUCGUAGGUGUAGGAAUGAAGAAGAUACAGAGUGAAGAGGACGCCGAGAAGGCGGACGCUGAGAGCCAAUGA